AUGGAGCUUGGAGAGAUCGUUGUGGCCGAACGUCCCGGCGAGAGGCAGUUGUAUGCGGAGCAGAAGCCAAGAGCCCAGGACCUGCUGGGGAGAAGCAGAAAUCGCAUCCACCAAGUUUUCGAAUAUCUCACAGGAGAAAUGAAAGAAUAUGGAGCGUGGAUGAAAAAUAAGCCCCUAAUGGUUCAGCUGGUGGACUGGAUCUUGCGAGGCACCUCUCAGGUGAUGCUUGUCAACAACCCUCUCAGCGGACUCAUUAUUUUAGUGGGGCUUUUCAUCCAGAGCCCCUGGUGCCUGCUCACAGGCUGUACUGGCACAACCGUGUCGACAUUAACUGCGCUGGCCCUCAGUCAGGACAGAUCAGCCAUUGCAGCUGGGCUGCACGGCUAUAACGGGAUCUUGGUGGGACUCCUUAUGGCCGUCUUCUCUGACAAAGGCGAUUACUUCUGGUGGCUUCUUCCUCCCGUGGCAGUUAUAUCAAUGGCCUGUCCAAUCCUGUCCAGUGCUUUGGGAUCCAUCUUCAGUAAAUGGGACCUUCCUGUUUUCACCCUGCCCUUCAAUAUUGUGGUGACUUUGUACUUGGCAGCCACAGGACACUACAACCCCUUCUUCCCUACAACCCUCAUCAAGCCUGUAGCUUCAGUCCCCAAUAUCACCUGGUCUGCAAUCAAUGUGCCAUUGCUCUUGCAAUCCAUCCCAGCUGGCAUUGGUCAAGUGUAUGGUUGUGAAAACCCCUGGACUGGAGGCAUCAUCCUUGUUGCUUUACUUAUCUCCUCCCCACUUAUUUGUUUACAUGCUGCAAUUGGAUCGACAGUGGGGAUGUUUGCAGCGCUGAGCAUUGCAUCACCCUUUGACAGCAUCUACCUUGGCUUACACAAUUACAACUGCGCGCUCGCCUGCAUUGCGAUCGGGGGCAUGUUCUACGCCCUGACCUGGCAGACUCAUUUGCUGUCACUUGCCUGUGCAUUAUUUUGUGCCUACUCCGGAGCAGCUCUUGCUAAUGCCCUAUCUGUGCUUGGGCUGCCACUCUGCACCUGGCCUUUUUGCUUCUCCGCACUUCUCUUUUUGCUGAUAAAUUCAGACAACCCAGCCAUCCACAAAAUUCCCCUCUGCAAAGUCACCUACCCAGAAGCCAACCGGAUCUACUACCUGAGAAUGAAGAGAAGAGCAUCAGAGAGCCGGAGAGAAGAGCAGAAACGAAAGGAGCAGAAACCCUCCAGUGACUCAAAAAUAAGCACAGGAGGCACCCCCCUGUGCACCCCCAAAAACCGCCACAUGCCAGCCAAGUACACUACAGCCACAAACACCACCUUCGAUAGCUGUCUGCAGGCUGGGGAUUCGGCAUCCCAUGCUCCGGAGGAAAGACGAUUUGCCCUUGAGCUAAGCUUUCCAAAAAGGACUCAGAGAGACACAUCACUUGAUGGACAGGGACAUAGUGAACAUGAGUUUGACCACCGGCCAGAAGGUGCCUGUGAUCGCCCCCCAGGCACUCCGAUUUUGAAUAUUCUGGAAGAACAGGGUCAGAACAUCAACAUGGAAAACAGUGUUGAUGUCAAGAUAGAAACCAAAGGGGAAAGAAAGCCAAUAAAGCAGAAUCCACUGAGCAAAGCUGGGAAGAGAGUCUGCAGAGCUGUUGGGUACAUCACCGGAGACAUGAAGGAAUUUGGAGCCUGGCUAAAAGAUAAACCUCUCAUGAUCCAGUUUAUUGACUGGGUGCUGCGUGGGAUAUCCCAGGUGAUGUUUGUCAACAAUCCCCUCAGCGGGCUUAUCGUAGUUGCUGGCUUCCUGGUGCAGAACCCAUGGUGGACGCUCACAGGCUGUUUAGGAACAGUUGUCUCAACUUUAACAGCACUUAUUCUGGGUCAGGACAGAUCAGCCAUAGCAGCAGGUCUGUACGGCUAUAACGGGGUCUUGGUGGGAUUGCUCAUGGCCGUCUUCUCUGCUAAGGGAAACUACCACUGGUGGCUUCUACUGCCAGUAGCGCUGGUGUCCAUGACGUGCCCUGUUUUCACCAGCGCUUUAGGCUCAGUCUUCUGUAAGUGGGAUCUGCCUGUUUUCACCUUGCCUUUCAACUUGGCCUUGACCCUCUAUCUGGCUGCAUCAGGACCCCAUAACCUCUUCUUCCCUACAACCGUCAUUCAGUCUGCAACAGCAACACCAAACAUCACCUGGACGAAUGCCAAAAUGCCAAUGCUCCUGCAAUCCAUUCCAGUCGGGGUGGGUCAGGUUUAUGGCUGCGAUAACCCCUGGACUGGAGGAAUUUUCCUGAUUGCUUUAUUUAUCUCUUCUCCACUCAUUUGUCUGCAUGCAGCAAUUGGAUCAGCAGUAGGGAUGCUGGCAGCGCUGAGUCUAGCAACACCUUUUAGCAAAAUCUACUCGGGCUUGUGGGGUUACAACAGCUCCCUCUCGUGCGUUGCGAUCGGAGGCAUGUUCUACGCUUUCACCUGGCAGACACAUUUGCUGGCAAUUGCCUGCGCGCUCUUCAGUGCCUACCUGGGAGCAACAGUGACUAACAUGUUGUCUGUGUUUGGGGUGCCAUCAGGAACCUGGUCUUUUUGCUUGUCUGCGCUGACCUUCCUGUUAAUAAGCACAAACAACUCUGCCAUCUACAAGCUGCCACUCUCCAAAGUCACCUAUCCAGAAGCCAACCGAGCUUAUUACCUGAAGAUGAAGAAACAUCAGAGGUCUUGCUGUGAGGUAUAAAGACCCAAGAAGAAAGAUACUUUGCAGAUUUUAAGGCAAGAGUGCAAGGUGUUUCCCCCAAAA